AUGCCGCCGAAGAAGGAGAAGCCAGCCGGUGGCAAGAAGCCAUCUGCCGCCAAGUUGGUGGAGGAUAGAACGUUUGGAAUGAAGAACAAGAAGGGAGCGCAGGCCCAGAGACAAAUCCAGCAGAUGACAGCCAACCUGAAGGGCAGUGGUAGUGCCGAAGAGAGGAAGAAGGCCGCCGAAAAGGCCCAGCGUGAGAAGGAGAAGAAGGCGGCAGAAGACGCCGCGCGAGAGACGGCGGCUCUUCUAAACAAGCCAGCCCAGAUUCAAAAGGUGCCAUUCGGCGUGGAUCCCAAAACAGUCGUCUGCAUCUUCUACAAAAAGGGCGACUGCGAAAAAGGAAAGAAGUGCAAGUUUGCUCACGACCUGAGCAUCGAACGAAAGACGGAAAAGAAGAACCUAUACACAGAUGUUAGACAAGAGGAGGAAGAGAAGAAGAAGGAGGAGACUUCUGCAGACUGGACUGAAGAGCAGUUGAUGAAAGUUGUCCUGUCGAAGAAGGGCAACCAAAAGACCACAACGGAUAAAGUGUGCAAAUUCUUCAUCCAGGCCAUCGAGGAUGGCAAGUACGGUUGGUUUUGGAUAUGUCCAAACGGUGGUGACAAGUGCAUGUAUAAGCACGCUCUCCCACCUGGAUUUGUUCUCAAGACAAAAGAGCAGAGAGCAGCGGAGAAGGCAUUGCUCGACAAAUCACCGCUCAAGACUUUGACUCUUGAAGAUUUCCUGGAAUCGGAGCGCCACAAGCUUACUGGAACCCUGACACCAGUCACCCCGGAGACUUUUGCCAAAUGGAAGAAGGAACGUUUGGACAAGAAGGCAGCCGAAGAACAGGCUCGCAAGGCCAAGGACAACACUGGUCGUGCUCUCUUUGAGAGUGGCAAGUGGAGGGAUGACGAUUCCGAAGCGGAAAGCGACGAUGAAGACGACGAUACUUGGAAUCUUGAGAAGCUGCGUCGCGAGACCGAAGCUCUUCGCCAGAAGAAAGAAGAGGAUCGACUACUUGCUAUGCAUGGUGGGGUACUCCCGGUGGCCGUACCGGAAGAAGAGGAAGCUGUUGGAAAUGGUGAGAGCAGUGGCAACGUUACCGGAGAUGCGGAGGAACCCACACAGGCUGGUCAAGAAGUACCGGCGUCUUGA